AUGGAAGACAAGUGUCCUUUUUGCGGCAGCCGGGAAGGUGCGCGGAACCUCCCCGCUCCGCACGGCCCGGCGCAGAGUCUGUCGCACCAGCUGUCGCAGAACCCGUCGCAGGGCCAAGCUAGCCAUAGUACUCCCCAUCACCCGCAUCACGCGCCGCAUCAUGCGGCGCAUCACGCGGCGCAGCAGCCGCCGGCACAGGCGCCGUAUGAGACGGUCCUAGUGGCGUGCGCUAGCUGCGCUCGAAUUGUCGCGGAGCGGCGGAUUAUUCCUCUGCUGUUCGUUCCGCGCACCGUCGAAGAAGCUUCCUUCUGCCUACCCGCCAGGGACGUGCUGUUGCACGCCAAGCUUCGUCCGGACGAGGUGAGAGCAGCAGCGGAUAAAAUAGAAGAGCUCAAAGCCUUAAAGGAUGCAAAAAUUAAAGCCAGAGAUAAUGAGGAGGUGAAGGCAGAAGUAGCAGCAGCAGCAGAUGACAGUCGAGGAACUGCUAUUUCAGGGAAGCCAGAAGUGAAGGUGGAGACUGAGGAGGGUUUGGUGGAGAAGGGGAGGAGGGAGGUGGGGAAGAAAGAAGAAAGACUGGGAGGGGAUGGGAAGGAGAAGGUGGCAGGAGAGCUGGUGGGGAAGGAAGAGGAGAGUAAGUCCCUGGUAGGGUUUGAUCUGAACUUUGAUCUGAACAUGGAUGCGAUGGACGGUGGAGAUGAAGCGGCGGGAGCGAGGAUGGACGGUGGAGGAGAUGAAGCAAUGGAUGAAGGUCGAGUUUCGGAAGGACAAGAGGGGAAAGAGAAAGAAGAGGAGGAAGAACUUGAAGAGGAAGAAGAGGAGGAAGAAGAGGAAGAGGAAUACGAAGAGGAGGAGGACGAAGAAGAAGAGGAGGAAGAAGCAGAGGACGGGGAGGAGGAGGACAUGGAGGAAGGAGAAGCAUUAGAGGAGCAAACGAGCCCCAACUCCCUCACGGACGACGACCCAUCGCCCCGCUUCCUGGACCCCUCGGACCAGUUCCUGGACGUCUUCUCAUCGCUCUCCCUCGAGUCCGCCCCGCCACUCUUCUGUGCCGCCUCGCUGCCCUUCUCGGGCCAGCUAGCAGAGAUGGAGCGGCUGAUUGGCCCCGUGCUGUACACCGGGUGCUCUGGGGGCGCAGGGGGGAGUGCCGUGGGGACGACUGAUUUCCUGCGCGCCUACUUCCAGAUCCUGGAGGUGAGUGGCCUGCUGGACAUAGACCAGAGCAUCACGGACCACGCGGUUACCCUGUUCCGAGACUAUGUGGUGUCGGCCGGCGGGGCGCGGAACCGCAACAUCGAAGCCCUAGCCACUGCAGCCGUGGUGCAGGCCAUGCGCGAGGCUCAGGAGGCCCGCACCCUCCAGGAAGUCUCCCUGGUGGCAGGGAUUGCGGUGAAGGAGUUGGGGAGGAGUUUGAAGGGGUUGAUGGAGGUGCUGCGGCUGCAGCAGCCUGUCAACUCCAACUCUGUGUCCUUCCACAUGCCCCGCUUUGGAUCCAUCCUGCAGCUCCGCAAGUCCACCCAGGACCUAGCAACGCACGUGGGAGAGGUGGUGAUAUCCAAGUCAUUCUGCACGCGCCGCAACCCCAUCAGCAUUAGCGCUGCCGCCAUCUACCUCGCGUGCCAGCUGGAGGACAAGAGGCGCACACAGACCGAGAUCUGCAAGGCUACCGGCCUCACAGAGCUGGAGGACAAGAGGCGCACACUGACCGAAAUCUGCAAGGCCACCGGCUUCACAGAGGUGACGCUAAGGAAGGUGUACAAGGAGUUGCUGGAGAACAUUGACGACCUGCUCCCUGGGGGCUACGAGCAGAAGGUGUACAAGGAGCUGCUGGAGAACAUUGACGAUCUGCUGCCUCCGGGAUACGAGCCCACCAUCCCUGCGUGCAGGGUCGCUAGCAUGCCCCUCUCUGCCCAUGGCGCAGGGGGAGGGGGAGGGGCAGGAGGUGGGGGGAAGGGGGGAGGCGCGGGAGGGGGAGGGGGAGGGGGAGGAGGAGGUGGAGGCAAGGGAGCGGGAGGAGGGGAAGGAGGAGGGGGUAGUGUUGGCGGGAGGGAUGGGAAAGGGGGAGGAGGAGCAGCAGUGGCAAACACAGCAGCAACAGCAGGGACGGUGGCGGCGGCGGCAGCUAGGGCCGCAUUGGUUGCAGCGGGAUCAGGUGGGUCUGAUGCAGCAGCAGCAGCAGCAGCAGCAGCAGCAGCAGCAGCAGCAGCAGGAGGAGGAGGAGCAGGAGGAGGAGCAGGAGGAGGAGCAGGAGGAGGAGCAGGAGGAGGAGGAGAAGGGGGAGGGGCAGCAGGGAGGGCAGGAGCACAGACACCACUGGGGCACAGGGUCCCUUUCCCCUCCCCCUUUGCCCAUCCCGCUGCUCCUGCUGCAACUGCCACCGCUACACCUUUUCCUGGUGCUGCUGCUGCUGCUGCUGCUGCUGCUGCUGCUGCUGCUGCUUCCGGGUCUCGUUCAGCCACCCCUGCGGCGUCUGUGGGGACUGCUUCUGGUCUCGGCAGGACGGACAGCCAGAGCUCCUUCCCCUCGUGCGCCAAAUCGCCCGACAAAGGCUCUGCGUUCCCCUCUUUUGGCGCUCCACAGUUGAUUCCCGAGGGCAGGGCGGAGGCCUGGCAGCAGCAGCAGCUGGCAGCAGCAGCAGCAGCAGCAGCAGGGCAAACAGAGCACACCACUCUCUCUCCCCACCUUCCCUUCUCCUCCCAUACGCCCCCCACUCUCCUCCACCUCCCCUCGUCCUCCCCUCUCCCUCCCCUUCCCCCCUUCCUCAACUUCCCCUCGUCCGCCCCUCUUUCUCCCGUUCCCAUCCUCCCUCGCGUCCUCCCCACACCCUCCUCCCGCUCUCCCUCCCUCAUCCUUCCUCUCCUCUCCCUCUUCCCGCUCCGCUCCCCCCCUUCCCCCAGGCUCCUCCCCUUUCAAGCGCCCUCCCCUGGUUCUACCCCCUCCAUGGCAGCUUCGGCACCAGCCACAGCUGCUGGUUUGGGGGCAGGGUUGGUGGGGAUGGGAGUGGGAGGUGGUACUGGUGGUGGUGGUGCUCUUGCCAGUGCUGGUGCCGGUUCUGCUGCUGCUGCUAAUGCUGCAGGCAACAGUUCAGCCCCUCCUGAGACCUUCCCUACCCAGAAGCCAAAUGCAACGCCUCUCCUCUCUUUCACUCUCCCCCCCAACUUUCACCACCAGUUCUCUGCCACCCGCCCUCCAUCCAAUCACCCCGCUGUGGGCCCCGGUCUGAGAUUCCCUGCCCCUGCUCUCGCUGUGCCCCUGCCUCCCUCCUCCGCUCCCAAUCCUUCUCUUCUCCACGCCUCUCCUCCUGCCACUGCCCCUUCUGCUGCUGGUGCUGCAACCCUAGGUGGUGGUGGUGGUGGUGGUGGUGGUGGUGCUACUGCUGCUACAGCCGCUGCCGCUGGUUCAGGGGGGAAGGGAGGGUUCUCGCUACUACAGCUGCCGAGGGAACUGGCAGAACCCUUCCCUCGCUCCUCCUCUGAUUCUAGCCUCCGACCUGCUGCCUCCGCUGCUGCUGCUGCCACUGCUGCUGCUGUUGGUCGCACAGGAGGGUUUGGAGGCAUGGGAGGGAUGGGAGGAGGAGCAGGAGGAAUGGGAGGAAGAGCAGGAGGUGGCACAGGAACAGCAGCAAGUGGGCACGACAGUGGAAGUAGCAGUGGUGGGUUUGGUGGUGGGGGGAGUAGUGGAGCGGUUGUUGGUGGAGGCUCAAACCAGGAGGUAGGGACGCAGGCAGCGAGAGGACGAGCAGGGGCCGGGGGCAGAAGGGGAGGAAAGGGUGGGAGAGUGGGUGAGAGGGCCUUUCCCAAAUCCUCCGUGCAGCAGCUGCGAAAUGUCACGGCGAACGCGUUACCAGCCGUUGCGAAGCUGACAGUCAACGAGGCACGAGCUCGCGUGCUCUUCUCGAGGCGUCCUUCCCGGUCCCUGCGUGUAUCCCCGUCACUGUCAGGAGUGCCGACAGCAUCGCCACGUGGCAGCAGACGAGCUACCAGAGCCAUGGCAGGCACCUCGCCUGGAAACAACCAAUCGGAAGAUCGCGACGAAUCUUCUGCUUCCGACCUUAGCCGCGUCUGUGUGGUGGGCUGUGGAGGGCUGUGCAUCGACUAUCUCGCCACCGUCACCGCAUUCCCCCACCCAGACGACAAGAUCCGAAGCACCUCUUUCGAGGUGCAAGGCGGAGGCAAUGUGGGCAACUCACUCACGGCCAUCUCUCGCCUUGGGCUCUCCACACGCAUUUUCACCAAGCUGGCGGACGACCUGGUGGGCAAGGCAAUGAUUGCAGAAUUGCAGGCGGAUGGCGUGGACACGUCACACAUCAUUGUUGGCAAGGGGGGCAUGUCGCCAUCCACGUACAUCAUUGUGGACCAACAGACCAACACGCGCACGUGCAUCCACACGCCCGGCUCCCCGCCUCUGCUCCCCUCGGAGCUGUCAGCUGCUGCCUUAACGUCUCUGCUCUCAGGGGCCUCUCUCGCCUACUUUGAUGGCCGCCUCGCCGACACCACCAUCCGCAUAUGCCAGCAGGCGGUGGCCCUGGGUCUGCCGGUGCUGGUGGACGCUGAGAAGCCCCGAGAGGGGCUGGACGACCUGCUGGCCCAUGCCACAUAUGUCGUCGUUUCCGAGAAGUUUCCCCAGGCAUGGACGGGGGAGGAGACACUGGGAGCAGCGCUGCUGGCCAUGGCAGUGCGCCUGCCAAGGGCACGCUUCAUUAUAGUCACACUGGGGGCAGACGGAUGUGCCAUGCUGGACCGACGGGUGGCUGCAGCCUCAGAGGCGCCCAGUGAGGAUGUGGACAAGGAACUGCAGUGGGUGAUAAGAGCCGCACAGGAGAAGGGCAGCAAGCAAGGCAACCCUGCGGUCUUCUCCUCUCGGCCCCUGCGUCUCAAGUCAAUGGCACAAGGGACAGAAGUUGCCGCCCAGCUGGUGGCAGCGACAGCUGUGCCGCUGGAGGCAGGGCAGGUGGUGGAUACCACCGGCGCUGGUGAUGCCUUCAUUGGUGCUUCGACGCUCUAUCUCUGUGAGUCGGCGCUCUAUCUCUGUGAGUCGACGCUCUUUCUCUGUGAGUCGGCGCUCUAUCUCUGUGAGUCUACGCUCUAUCUCUGCGAGUCGACGCUCUAUCUCUGCGAAUCGACGCUCUAUCUCUGCGAGUCGACGCUCUUUCUCUGUGAGUCGACGCUUUAUCUCUGCGAGUCGGCGCUCUAUCUCUGUGAGUCGACGCUCUAUCUCUGUGAGUCGACGCUCUAUCCCUGCGAGUUGGCGCUCUAUCUCUGUGAGUCGACGCUCUAUCUCUGUGAGUCGACGCUCUAUCUCUGUGAGUCGACGCUCUAUCUCUGUUAG